GGGGAACUGGCACAGUAUAAUUACUCUGUCUAGAUGUUGCAGUAGAGUCUCCUAAUGGACUGAUCUGUACAUCAUGUACGUCUGUCGCUGUAAUGACUUCCGCUUGUCUUAAGUGCAAAGACCGUGGAGCCAAACACAACUCCAUCAAGCUCUCUACACCACAGACAGAGUGAGCGCUGGAUAAACUUCACAGACUUCACGUGACUGAUGGACAGACCCUGGACUUGAGAACAUUAAAUGAUGCUUGAGCAGACUUAGUUGACAAACAUCAGUGCUGACCUUUGACCUCCAACAAUGAGUCCCCAUUCCUGACCGGUGGAAGAUGGAGAACCCUGCGUUUCUGCUUUGAGUUUGGUGCACCAAGCUGUAAACAAUGGAGGCAUCUGGAUUACCUCCGCCAGCACAGCAUAACGAAACUGAACUGAAUGAGACAUUGAGUCAUGUCCACCCUAUGCAUCUGGCUCCCAGCAUGCAAUUAGGGAGCAUGUCCAACCCGCAAUCACGUUUACGAGACAUGUCGGGCCUCGUGGUCAUGGUGACUCUUAAUGCAAUCGCGCUCUUGGCCAAUAGCGGAGUGCUUGCCGUAGUGGUGAAAGUGCCACAUCUCCGCAAGUUCAGUUUGGUGUGUCACCUCUGCAUCGUGGAUUUGUUAUGCGCCGCUCUGCUGAUGCCGCUUGGCAUCGUCUGCACCUCACCCUUUUUCGCUGGUAUCGUCUUUUCCGUACUUGAAUGCAGGUUGUACAUUUUCCUCAAUGCCUUUCUCGUAUCUGCCUCUAUCUUUACGGUUACUGUGAUUAGCAUCGAACGCUACUUCUACAUCGUGCAUCCCAUGAGGUACGAGGCUAAAAUGACUCCUUGGUUAUCUGCAGCCGUGAUGGGAUUCGUCUGGGUGGUGUCUACUUUGCUAGGACUUGCUACCGUCUUUGGGUGGCCCAGUUAUGGAAGUAGAAGCUCCAUUGCUGCCACCCAUUGCUCUCUACAUUGGAGCCACAGUGGACACCGGAGAGUAUUCGCUAUUUUAUUCUGCACUGUUUGCUUUUGCGUUCCAGCUGCUAUUAUUAUCGCCGUCUAUGGGAAUGUGUAUAAAGUCGCCCACACGGCUGCCCGGGAAAGAGGGCCCAUCCCGAGCUGGACGAUGGCAACUGCUCAUCCGAAGCGUCGGUCUGAUUCCGUCAACAGCCAGACCACGAUCAUCACCACAAGCACGAGCAUCCGCAGAAAUCAAGUCCUUCGCAGGAAAAGGAGAACGCUGGUUGGUGGGAAAGCGGCUCUAACUUUGGCCAUCAUCGUGGGUCAGUUUCUGCUCUGCUGGCUGCCUUACUUCGCCUUCCACCUGCAUUUGUCGCUGGGAUUCUCCCAUAGUACCUCUGAAGAAGCCGAAGGACCGGUGACAUGGCUGGCGUAUUCAACUUUCGCAGUAAACCCGUUUUUUUAUGGCCUGCUCAACCGUCAGAUCAGGGAGGAGUUGUGUAAGAUGCUCUUCUGUUGCCGAUCGGCCGGCAGACCAGUGCGACCCUCUGCGUCGGGCCACGAACGUUCGGGACAUGAAGACUUUUUUCAUUUUUUGCACAGGAGCGGCGACAGGGACGGAGUUAGAUGCAGUUAUCACAUGGUUACACCGAGGAGCACGCUGGAGCAGACUAGUUUUAGGAUACCGGGGCAAAUACCUGAAGAGAUCACCUAAACAAAAUAUUCAGAUUUUCAUUUUUCAUGUUUUUAGUUGCAUUUUUAUUAUAAAUUAUUGUUAGCUUUGAAAUUAAAAUUCAUUCUAUCUGUUUUCUAAAUGCAUUCUAUUGAUCUUAUUGUGAACAAUUAAUCCAUGGCAGGGAUCAAAAACUGUAAACUGUGUGCAAACUGUAAAAUAUAUUUAGGAGCAUGUGUGUGAAUGAAUAUUGUGUUUUUCCUUAAUAACAGGACACAAGCAGACAUUUACAAACAAAAUAAUUUUGCUACACUAGCUUUUUAAAUAUUUUUACUUCAAUCUGUUAUAAUAAUUGUGACCCUGGACCACAAAACCAGUCAUAAGUAGCACGGGUAUAUUUGUAGCAAUAGCCAACAAUACAUUGUAUGGGUCAAAAUGAUUGAUUUUUCUUUUAUGCCAAAAAUCAUUAGGAUAUUAAGCAAAGAUCAUGUUCCAUGAAGAUAUUUUUUGAAUUUCCUAUCGUAAAUAUAUCAAAACUUAAUUUUUGAUUAGUAAACUGUGUUGCUAAGAACUUAAUUUGACCAACUUUAAAGGUGAUUUUCUCAGUAUUUUGAUUUUUUUGCACCCUCAGAUUCCAGAUUUUCAAAUAGUUGUAUCUCUGCCAAAUAUUGUCCGGUCCUAACAAACCAUACAUCAAUGCAAAGCUUAUUUAUUCAGCCUAAACAAAAAUUACCCUUAUGACUGAUUUUGUGGUCCAGGGUCACAAUUAUGUUAAUAUGUAUAGGCCCUCUUUAAACUCAGACUCUUAUUUUGAAAUGUCUAUGCUGUACUAUUGUACAUAUUACAAUAUAAACACCAUAAAGUAAGCAUUGUCAUAAUCUGUCAACAGUAAAUCAUAAGCACGUUUUGCAUGGCAUUCACAGACUAUGAAUUAUUUUGAACUGCGCAACAGCCCUGUAUUUCUACAUGUGCAAAAUUUAUUUAAUCAAAUCAUAGCCUUUAAUAAUCACAUAUAGGCUAUAUCAUGAUUCCUGUUUUUCCAUCCCCAAAUUUAAGACCCCUUAAAAUGAUCAUUUGUUAUACCAUUUAAAAUAUCAUGACCUUAAAUUUGAAAGGUUUUGAAGGUUAACACAUUCUUUUAGCACACGCAUCAUUAAAGUAGCUCUUUUACAUUUUUUUCAACUCAUGGGAAAAAAGUAAGCGUCAAACCCUGCAUGUUUAUACUGUAUAAACAUGCAUAUAUAUACUGCACUGCAAACCAAUAUUAAGAUCUGUUGCAUUUUAUUGAAAGACUAUAACAAAUUGUUCACAAUAAGAUCUGGCAUGUGCAUUAAGAAAGCAAACAGGGUAGGUUUUGAUGCUACAUAUAGACUUUUAAUAGGUCAGCCCCACUGUGACUGGCAACACAGUGACAACCAAUGAACAACAAAUGCCUUCAUCCAAUCACAACUCUUUCUAGUGGUGACUCCACCCACAUGUUUACAAACACAGAGCUGAUUAGGGUUUAUAUGACAUUAUGAACUGAAAUGAAAUAUUUGUUGCCUAAAUUUUAAUGUCUUCAGGCUAAACCAAUAUUUACAUUAAUAUGUUUAAAGUACUACAGAAAUGAUCGUUUCCUCUGUUGUAUUACUGUAUUUCUACUGCACUAUUUAAUAUGUUAUUUUCAAAACUGAAUAAUAUAAUGACCAAAAUCUUUACAAAUCUUCAUACAAAAAAGAACUCAUAAAACAUAUUUUUGAACCAAUUUUGACUUAUUUAUAAUGCAAAGGAUGACCUCAGCUAUCUGCUGUAUUUCUUUUCUACUGUAAAACUGUAAAUAUCACACAUGGACUGAAGUGACAAAGACAAAUUGUUUCGUUGUUCAAUAAAGACACUAGUCACGGAAAGCUUGACAUAUACUGGUUCAGUUCCAUGCAGCAUAUGUUCAGUUGUUGCAUUUAGAGUUCAUUGUGCUGAUUGAAUGGUGUGCUAUAUGGAGCCACCCAUUACAUCACACUAUGUAUUUAUUUGUGCUUUCUUUAUUUAUACAAACAAUGUGGCCAUUACUGUUUUUGUUUUCAUGGAGAUGGAUAGAGCUGUAUUUGUGUAUUUAUGGGGAGGAUGGUACUGUACAUAUGUACAACUGAUUUUCUUGUAUUGUUUAUUUCAGAUGUACAUCUUCAUUCAGGCUAAUUAGUCACUCAACAAUGAAAUACAAUAAAGAAUGAGCCACAUAUUAAUCAGUAACUAAUAACAUUUACGUGCUACACACUACCAAAACUUUGAGGU